AUGAUCACCUCUUCGCAAGUACCACCUCCUCUGUCAACCGAGGCUCACCAGCAGCAGGAGGAGAACAAUCAUCAUCAUGGCGAAGAACAAGCUCAAUAUGAAAGCAACACAGUAACAAGUAUUUCAACUUCCACGACCAAUGUUGCACCCGUAACCACAGGUAGUAGUAAUAAUUCCCAACAACAACUCACCGAUGAUGUUUCAACGGUGGCCGAUUCCGUGAUGACGAUGGGUGAUCAAGCUUUGGAAGAGAAUAAUACCUCCCUCUCAUCACAGCAGCAAACAUCAUCUUCGCAACAACAGGCUCUAUCAGCACAUUUGGAUAAUUAUAAUUUACAAUAUUGUUAUAACAUUUCAGAAAUUGAGGUUCAACCUUUUCAAGUGAAAAUUGGAUGGCUUGAAGGGGAUUUAUUUAAACAUUUCUCAAAUUAUUAUCACAAAUACGGAGCUGAUGAUGAUGAGUAUCAGUCUCUCAUCGGAUGUCCAUUCUCAGAAAUGAUUGUAGAAUGUCAAAUUUGUUUUGAAGACGGCACACCGUUGUGCAUACCAAGUUUAACAAGUCAUGUGGUUUUGAGAGAAGGCAGAAGACAAUGGGACGAAUGGAUUCACUUUCCAAUUAAAUUUAAUGAAAUUCCUUCCAAAGCAAAGAUUUGUUUCACAAUUUAUGACGUAUACUCUCCAACUCAAAUGGUGACAAUAGGUAGCAGUUGUCUACCACUCUUUGGAAAGAAAGGAAGACUGAAAUCUGGUAAAUACAGAAUUCCUUUAUUUCCACACAAGAGCAUUGACGAAAUACUCAAUGAGAAAUAUAGUACCAAAGCAUGUAGAGACGAACUUUCAAUGGUUGAAAAGUUUGAAGCCAAAUCAAAACAACAAAACAUUUUGGGGCAAAGCAAUGCUAUACCAAAGAACAGCAAUCUUUACAAAUUCUUUGCUGGAGCCAACUCACAAAACAACACCGGUGGUAAUAAUCAAGCUAACACUAAUUCUACUCUUGCUCCAAUGAGCUCCAAUAGUAGCAUCAUUGUAGAAAACAGUUCGGAAGGAUCUCAUACGGGAACUACUAAUUUAGCAUGGCUAGACCGUUUUACAAAUAAUCGGAAGGAGAUGUUGAAAGAGAAAAAGUUUCACUCUAGCUCUAUUGAAACAUUUUUGAACAUUGAAUUACCAUCAUUUGAUAGACGAGUAGUGGAUUUUGAUUAUUUGUCAAACACAUCAGAAGAAAUGUCUUACUCAUACUUCUCAGGUUUUACCAGAUUUCCAGGACUAAUGUUGCCAAAUAAUGUUGCAACACCAAAGGUAGCAUUGGUGACAAAAGCGAAAUAUGCUGAAGAUACUAAAGAUCACUUUAGAAGCGAAACGAUUAGCACAAAAUACCAGUUCAUUGAUGAUCCAGAGGCCAAGCAAACAAACUUAGCCGAAGAAAAGCACUUGAAAUUGAGCAUCAAUCUUUCGAGCGGUCUAAUCGAUACAAAUCUCAAACCCAAUGCGACUGAAACGAAAAAGAUUCAAAAGAUUUUGGAUUAUCCUCCUCUUCAUGAAAUGUCAACAGAGGAUAAAAGCUUGUUAUGGAAGUACAGGUAUUACUUGAGAUCUAACAAGCGAGCACUUACCAAAUUUUUAAGAUGUGUUGACUGGAACUAUUUGGCACAACAGAAAGAAGCUGAGAAAUUGAUUCCACAAUGGUCUGAAAUUGAUACUGUCGACGCACUCGAAUUAUUAUCUCGAUUUUUCAAGAAUGUAAAAGUAGUUAGAGAUUAUGCAGUUAAAAUUUUGAGAAAGGCAGAUGAUGCAGCAAUUUUAGACGUACUAUUGCAAUUAGUGCAAGCAUUGAGAUAUGAAGUAGAGGUUAACUCGGUGAAGCUUUAUGAGUCAGAACUUGCCCAAUUCCUAUUAGAAAGAGCAAGUGUAAAUUUCCAUGUUGCAAAUAAUUUGAAUUGGUAUCUUGCGGUUGAAACUGAGGAUCCAAAGUUUGGUGAACACUUCUUAGAACUCAGACACAAAUUCUUUAUUCAUCUCAAAAAGAAUUCACCUCUUUUCCUUGAAAAGAUUAUUAGACAGGGAAGGAUGGUGGAUACACUCAGCAAAAUUGGUUACCACCUUAAAGGCUUGAAAAUUUCUAGGCCAGAAAAGAUCACAAUUUUCAAGAAAAUUUUGUCAGCAAAAGGAGAAAUUCCAAUUAUUCAAUCUGAUAGCAAAGAGCAACUAACAUGGAACGAUAUUUUCCUUGCAAACAUUUCAAAAAAUUACCCAGAAGAACCUUUGCCAAUUCCACUCAACCCUGAGGUCAAAGUGAAUGGAUUAUUCGCAGAGGAUUCAACAAUUUUCAAGAGUGCUCAGAGUCCUCUCAUGGUUCCAUUUUCAGAUAUUGACGGAAAGAAAUAUAGUGUAAUUGUUAAGAUUGGAGAUGACUUGCGUCAGGAUCAGUUGGUUAUGCAGCUUAUAUUGCUCAUGGACAAAUUGUUGAAGAACAAUGGCUUGGACUUGAAGUUGACACCUUAUUCUGUUUUGGCGUUUAGCCCAAGUUUUGGCUGUUUGGAAUGUGUUCCUAACUGUGCCGCUAUUUCUUCUGUCAUUGAUAAAGGAGAUAUCAGAGGAUGGCUUAGAAAACACAACCCAGAGGAUGAAGACUUCCACAAUGCAUGUCAAAACUUUGUUAAGAGUUGUGCUGGGUAUUGUGUGAUUACAUACAUUUUGGGUAUUGGCGAUCGUCACUUGGACAAUGUUCUAAUUACUCAUCAAGGACAUUUGUUCCAUAUUGAUUUUGGUUUUAUUUUAGGAAGAGAUCCAAAACCUUUCCCACCUCCAAUGAAGUUGUGUAAGGAAAUGGUUGAAGGAAUGGGAGGAAGUAAGAGCGAGGGAUAUAUCAAAUUCAAGGAAUUAUGUGUGACUGCUUAUAAUAUUCUGAGAAAAUCAGCUCACUUAAUUUUGAACAUGUUUAUUCUCAUGGUAGAUGCAAACAUUAGAGACAUUGAGCACGGAGCAGCAGCCGAUCCUAUUAGGAAUAUCAUGAAAGUUCAAGAGAAAUUCCGUGUUGACUUGAACGACCAAGACGCCAACGCAUACAUGCAGAGUAUUAUCAAUGAAAGUGAAAAGGCUCUCUUCCCUCAGUUAAUGGAAAACAUACACAGAUGGGCUCAAUAUUGGAGAUCGUAA